AACUUGUUCGACCAUCUAUGGUUGUUUCUGCUUCAUUUCAGCCUAUAUAUACGUGUCCAUUUCAUUUUAUCUAUGCACUCUCCUACAGCAUUGCAAAAGUCUCUUUCACUUUGGCUUUUGCUUCAUGCAAAAAGCUGCAUUCUUCUGUAUUUCUGAAGAUUUUCCCACCUUCAAUUGAGGUGGGAGUUGAAGAAGGAACACUGAAAUGGAUAAGACUGCAAUUGCCCUUGAAGCUAUUAGCAAGGAAACUAUUGAUUUGGAAAGUAUUCCAGUGGAAGAAGUGUUUGAAAAGUUGAAAUGUACGAGAAAGGGUCUUACUUCUGAUGAUGUUCAACAGAGGUUAGGAGUAUUCGGCUCCAACAAGCUUGAGGAGAAAAAGGAAAGUAAAGUACUCAAGUUUUUGGGGUUUAUGUGGAAUCCACUAUCAUGGGUUAUGGAAGCUGCAGCAAUUAUGGCAAUCUCUCUUGCCCAUGGAGGAGGAGAAGGAAUAGAUUAUCAUGAUUUUGUUGGAAUCAUGGCACUACUUAUUAUCAAUUCAACCAUAAGCUUUAUAGAGGAAAAUAAUGCUGGAAAUGCAGCGGCAGCUCUUAUGGCUCGGUUGGCACCAAAAGCAAAGGUUUUGCGCAAUGGAAGUUGGGGAGAGGAAGAUGCUGCUGUAUUGGUGCCUGGAGACAUUGUCAGUAUCAAACUAGGAGACAUUAUUCCUGCUGAUGCUCGUUUACUUGAAGGGGAUCCUUUGAAAAUUGAUCAGUCUGCUCUUACAGGAGAGUCACUUCCAGUAACUAAGAAUCCUGGUGAUGGAGUUUACUCUGGCUCAACAUGUAAGCAAGGUGAAAUUGAAGCAGUAGUGAUUGCUACUGGUGUGCACACCUUUUUUGGAAAAGCAGCUCAUCUUGUGGAAUCCACUACACAUAUUGGGCAUUUUCAAAAGGUUUUAACUGCAAUUGGAAACUUCUGCAUUUGCUCUAUUGCCAUUGGAAUGUUGAUUGAGAUCAUUGUAAUAUAUGGGAUUCAAAAAAGGGAAUAUCGUGUUGGUAUAGACAACCUUCUUGUUUUACUUAUCGGUGGUAUCCCCAUUGCUAUGCCAACAGUACUUUCUGUUACCAUGGCCAUAGGUUCUCAUCGCUUGUCUCAGCAGGGUGCCAUAACAAAGAGAAUGACAGCUAUUGAGGAAAUGGCUGGGAUGGAUGUUCUCUGCAGUGACAAAACAGGCACUUUAACUCUUAACAAACUUACAGUCGAUAAGUCUAUGAUAGAGGUUUUUGCAAAGGGUGUUGACAAGGACAUGGUUGUCUUGAUGGCUGCCAGAGCUUCGAGGUUGGAAAAUCAAGAUGCUAUUGAUGGGGCUAUUGUUGCUAUGCUGGCAGAUCCUAAAGAGGCUCGAGCUGGAAUUACUGAAGUACACUUUCUUCCAUUCAAUCCAACUGAUAAGAGGACAGCACUAACAUAUUUAGACAGUGCAGGCAAGAUGCAUAGAGUGAGCAAAGGGGCACCAGAGCAGAUUCUAAGUUUGGCAAGGAAUAAAUCAGACAUUGAAAAAAAGGUACUAGGAAUAAUUGAUAAAUUUGCUGAGCGUGGACUUCGAUCCCUUGCAGUUGCUCGACAGGAGGUACCAACUGGUACCAAGGACAGUUCUGGUGGACCUUGGGAAUUUGUUGGUCUUCUCCCACUUUUCGAUCCACCUCGCCAUGACAGUGCUGAAACAAUCAAAAGAGCUCUAGAUCUUGGUGUUGGUGUCAAAAUGAUCACGGGUGAUCAACUGGCAAUUGCAAAAGAGACAGGGAGACGACUUGGGAUGGGCACAAAUAUGUAUCCGUCAUCAACUUUGCUAGGGGACAACAAGGAUGGAACUAUUGGAGUUCUGCCAAUCGAUGAGCUCAUUGAAAAUGCUGAUGGUUUUGCUGGUGUUUUCCCUGAGCAUAAGUUUGAAAUUGUGAAGCGACUUCAAGCUAAAAAACAUAUAGUUGGAAUGACUGGUGAUGGAGUAAAUGAUGCACCUGCAUUAAAGAUAGCAGACAUAGGAAUUGCGGUGGCAGAUUCAACAGAUGCUGCCCGUGGCGCUUCUGAUAUAGUUCUGACAGAACCCGGGCUAAGUGUAAUCAUUAGUGCUGUUUUGACUAGUCGAGCAAUCUUUCAAAGAAUGAAGAAUUACACAAUAUAUGCUGUGUCUAUCACCAUUCGUAUCGUAUUGGGGUUUAUGUUGCUCACUUGUUUUUGGAAGUUCAAUUUCCCUCCCUUUAUGGUUCUUAUUAUUGCCAUUCUAAAUGAUGGCACUAUCAUGACGAUAUCCAAAGACAGAGUUAAGCCAUCCCCCAUACCAGAUAGUUGGAAGCUUAGUGAAAUUUUUGCAACUGGGGUUGUAAUAGGCGGAUACCUUGCCAUAAUGACUGUGGUGUUCUUCUGGGGAGCAUAUGAAACUGAUUUCUUUUCAGUAAAAACCCUAUUACUUCAUCAAAAACACUUUGAUGUGCAUAGCCUCCAAAAGAAUGAUUACAAUGUCUCGGAUGAACACAUCUCCAAGGAACUGAAUGCACAGCUAGCAUCAGCUAUGUACCUUCAAGUUAGCACCAUCAGCCAAGCUCUAAUAUUUGUGACUCGCUCCAGGAGCUGGUCAUUCACAGAGAGGCCUGGUGCUCUUCUCAUUAUCGCUUUCUUUAUUGCUCAAUUGGUUGCAACUGUAAUAUCUGCUGAAGCAACAUGGGGUUUUGCUGGUGUAAGAAAGAUUGGCUGGAAAUGGACUGGUGUCAUCUGGUUGUACAACAUUGUAACAUACAUGCUGCUUGAUCCUAUCAAGUUUGCUGUUAGAUAUGCACUGAGCGGCAGAGCCUGGAGCCUAGUCUACAACCAAAGAACAACAAUGACAACUCAAAAAGACUUUGGUAAGGAAGCUCGGGAAGCUGCAUGGGCAACCGAGCAGCGGACACUUCAUGGCCUCCAAUCUAAGGAAUCAAAAGUGUUAUCAGAAAAGCAUACUUUUAGAGACAUCAGCAUUGUGGCUGAAGAAGCAAGGAGACGUGCAGAGAUUGCAAGAUUAAGGGAGCUUCACACGUUGAAAGGCAAAGUGGAGUCCUUUGCAAAGUUGAAGGGUUUGGACAUUGAUGUGAACCCCCAUUACACAGUCUGAGUGGUUCCCCAAAAUUACUUAACCAAUAGAGGGUAGCCAAGCAGAUGAGAUGAUUCUCGGUCUAAAGCUUUUCCUUUCAUUUGUUUCUUUUCCUUUUCUUCCCUUUUCAUUUUCACAAUUAUAAUGCGAUGAACGUUGAAGUCUCCAAAAUGAACCAUCAAUAAAAGCUUUUUACUUUCACUUUGA